CUUAAGUUAGCCCACUUAAGUAAAAAAAUAAACCCAGUGACCCCAUCCGCUUUGGCUAGUACAACACUCCAUCUUCCGUAGAUUAGGUCACACUCAAUUAACCAGAUGAAGCAAAACACAUGUGCGAGCUGUGAUAAGCGUCGUGCACGUUCUUCUGUUAAGCAAUCAACAAGCCGGCUUCAUCUCCUCGCGAAACAACGAACUUCAUCUCCUCGUUGAUCUGAUUGUCCGGCUUCAUCUCCUGUUUUGGGCGGCUUCGUAUUUCAGGUUGAGAUUUUUCGAGGACUGCCUUCUUAUUUCGAUCAGAGCUUUAAUUUUUCAUGUUUGUAUGGAAUGUUUUUCCUGUGUUCCUUUCUUUAUUUCUUUAUAGGCUACUCUGCAUAUAUGUUGAUACAUUCACUAGUCUGUGAGUAAGAUUUAUAGAUUUAUACAUUCACUACAAUUUGUGUACUUGGCUGCAAUUUUAAAAAGAAGUUGGAUAGAUAGAACAUACCUAGAAUGAGCGGUUUUCAUAAUGAUUUUGGUAUUUGGUAUAAUGAUAUAUACAAGAUGUUGUAUACAACUUUUGGAAUAUUGGAAUUGGUAUAUCAAAUGUCAGUAGGUAGUGACUCCAGUUGAAUCAAAUAAAUGGGUUUGUACUGACAAAACUUCUCAGUUCUUAAUAGUCACUCCUUGCUUUGUGUUAAUUUCUCAGUUUCACAUUUCUCAACAAUGAAUGACCAUCACUCGCCUCAACAAGAUGAGGCUGGAAACGGAGAAGUUGAUGAGGUAAAUAAUAUUAUUUAUUAUUCUUGAUAUACUUCUAUUAUAUAAUGUCGAAUUGAAUCAGUUGGACAAAAGUUUUAUUAUUUUAUUUUGUAAUAGCAGGUGAUGCAACAGCAACAAUUGACUGGCACAAAUAAUGUUGAUGUUGCACAGUUUCAGAAUUUGGAUGAAGUGCAUACACACUUCGAAGAUGAAAAUGAUGAUGAUAAGGUUGAUGCUGGAAACAAUGAGGAUGAAAGCCAUUUUCAAAGGAAGAAAAGAAAGAAGGUUUCCAAAGCCCAUUGUGAGUUUAAUGAAGUGACUACCAAGGAUGGAGUUGAAAAUUUUCAAUGCAAACACUGUAAGUCCCUUCUCAGCAAAUCAGCUACUUCUACAACUAGUCAUCUCUUGAAUCAUUUGAAAAGGUGUUUGCAAAAUAAACUUAACAAGAGAAAACGGAAAACCUUACAAUUACAACCAGAGAAAUCUGCCUAUGAAAUGUUACUCGUUGGAA